AUAACAAGAGUUUUAAUUUUAUUAGUUUUAUUAACAAAGUUCCUUUUAAUCAUGCCAAGCAAAUUGGACAGCCUGUACCGUCGAAUGCUUAUAACUAGGUUUUUUGAAAGAGGAUGGGGAAAGCCAGAGAACCUACGUAGAGUAUUUCAGUUUAGAAAAAUUAUUUCCCGCCGAGAAACGUGCUUUAAACUGGUUCCACGUGACUACCCCGUGGAAAUUAUAAAAAAAGAAACAUUCUCAGAUAGCACUUUAAUAGAAGGAAAAUUUAUAACACCGUUAGAGUUACAUUUGCCAGGAGUCGUACCGAAAGCAUCUAAACAUGCAUAUUUUCAAUUAAUUAUACCCAAUAAGUGGGUCAAUGAAAAGUAUAAACCGAUCUGCAUACAUUUGGCUGGAACUGGAGAUCAUUUCUUUUGGAGAAGGCGAAACUUUAUCGCAAAACCUUUGCUGAAAGAUGCUAAUAUUGGAUCCAUCAUUUUGGAAAACCCAUUCUAUGGGCUAAGGAAACCGGAUGAUCAAACGCGAUCUAACCUACACAAUGUGUCUGAUAUAUUUGUUAUGGGUGGUUGCCUAAUCCUGGAAUGUCUUGUUCUCCUCCAUUGGUGUGAAAGAAAUGGAUUCGGACCUUUAGGAGUAACUGGAUUGUCAAUGGGAGGUCAUAUGGCUUCUUUAGCCGCAACUAACUGGCCCAAACCAAUUGUCCUCGUUCCGUGCUUGUCAUGGUCUACAGCAUCUGCUGUUUUUACUACUGGAGUGAUGAGUCAGUCGAUCAACUGGGACAUGCUGGAAAUGCAAUAUUAUUCUGAUGGCCAAUAUCGAGAGCGCCUCUCAAAAAUGGUUACUGUUAUCGAUGACGCUUUUGAAGCUGGACAAAAGUUUAUAAAAAAUUUUAAUCAGUCGCUUCACGAAUUAAAAGAGGACAUAAAUGAUACAAGAAAAAUUCAAGAGUUAGGUGAUGUUGGCGAUAAGUACGAAUCAGAAAAUAAUCCAUCACCAACUGAAAGCAACUCCAUUUUUCUUUCAAAAUCUAUGCAAAAUAUUAAAAUGGACGCCUCGACGAAUAUAACACUACCGCUAAAAGGUCAAGAUAGUAGUAAAAUAAAAAUAAAAUCCGAUUUAAGCCCCCCACAACCAAUUAGAUCUAAUCAGCAAGACGCAUCACAUCACACAUCCACCUCAACCUUGACCAAACUAAUGCAAUUUAUAUUGCCAAUGACUGCACAAAACAAUAAAGAAAAAAUUGAUAUAACGAAAACGAAUUGGUGGGAAAGAGAAGCCCUACAAUUUAUGCGAGGCAUGAUGGACGAAUGCACCCAUUUGAAAAACUUUUCUGUGCCUUUUGAUACAAGUUUAAUCAUAGCUGUAUGUGCAAAAGAUGAUGCAUACGUUCCAAGGGAUGGCUGUUCGAGUCUAGAAGACAUAUGGCCUGGAGCUGAAGUACGGUACCUUGAUGCUGGCCAUGUGAGCGCGUAUGUUUUGCAUCAAAAACUGUUUAGAUCAUGUAUUAUAGAAGCUUUUGAAAGAGCCAAAAAGAACUAUGGAAGCGAUAUUGGUGAAGAUUUAAAAUGCGAAAUGACAUAUCAGGAAUUAAUAAACAAAUAUGCUAAAACAGCUUAAUUAAGGAGAUAGAAUCAAAUUGGUAACAAGUGAAAAAUAAUAGACCUAGCAUUGCUAUGUACAAAACAUUAAACAAUAUGUGCUAUAUGUAAAUGUGAAAUAAUAUACAUAUUAUAGUCUUUCGAAUUUA